UAGUUGCACUGGUGAAACAGAAGACACAGAUGCUCAAGAUGGAUAAUACGACCUUCGUUACUCCCAACUGGGAAGUGAAAUCCAAUAACAUGACGGGGAGUCAUCCCUGUAAACCUGAGGAGCUUGGUACAUUCAUACCGAUUUUUCUGAGUGUGGUCUUUUCAAUGGGUUUCAUUUUGAACACCAUCAGCCUAUGGAUCUUUUGGUUCAGAAUCAAGAGAUGGAGCGGGGGAAUGAUUCUGCACUUCAAUCUGGCUUUAGCAGAUGCCAUUAUAACUCCUGCAGCACCGUUUAUGAUUAUCUACUUCUCACUGUCGCACUGGCCCUUUGGACAAUUUCUCUGUCAACUCAAGGUCUUUUUAUUGAGCACCAACAUGUACGGCAGCAUCUACUUUCUCACCUUAAUUAGCAUCCACCGGUACAUUUCUGUUGUGCACUGUACAAAGAAAACCAUCUUUAAGGAGGAGAAGUUUGUAAAGAUUGUUUGUGUGGGAGUCUGGGUUCUCCUGUUUGCUCAAGGAUUUCCCUUCUUUUUUGUACUUAAAACCUCUGAAAUGAACAACGCCACUCAGUGUUUGAACAUGCAUCAGGAUGAGCUGAUAGUUUUGUACUUUGUGUGGAACACAGUUAUUUUAUGCACUGGGUACAUCAUUCCACUUUUUGUCUCCAUCAUUUGCUACAGUUUACUUGCCAACUUCAUUGUAAAUUUGAGCCCCCAUCAACUUAAGAGCAAACAUAUGAAGGUGAAAUCCAUGCAAAUGAUUUUAGUGUCCCUAGCGAUUUUCAUGAUCUGCUUCCUGCCUGUACAUGUGUCCCGAACAUUUGGAAUUUCACUUAAGUUCUUUUAUCCUGAUCAUUGUCAAAAAAUGGGCAUUAUUGAGCUUGUUUAUUACAAGUGUUUGGCACUGUCAAGCUUAAAUUGUUGCCUGGACCCUUUGCUGUAUUUUUUUGCUUCAAAAAAAUUCAAGGAAUCAUUAAGGAAUGUUAUAAGUUCUAUAAAAUGUUGA